GAGACGUUUCCCGCCGGCGGGAGCUGCGGCUGCGGUGGCCACAGCGGUGUCCCGAGGGGUGUCCAGAGGGGAGUCCCGCGGCCGCGGGCCCGGCGCUGCGCCAUGGCGGACCAGCUCUACCUGGAGAACAUAGACGAGUUCGUCACGGACCAGAACAAGAUCGUGACAUACAAAUGGCUGAGCUAUACGCUAGGGGUUCAUGUUAACCAGGCCAAACAGAUGCUGUAUGAUUAUGUUGAAAGGAAGCGGAAGGAAAAUUCAGGAGCUCAGUUGCAUGUAACCUACUUAGUAUCUGGCAGUCUCAUUACGAAUGGACAUUCGUGCCACAAGGUUGCAGUAGUGAGAGAAGAGAACUUGGAAGCAGUGAAGUCCAAGCUCGCGGUGACUGCCAGCGUCCAUGUGUACAGCAUCCAGAAAGCCAUGCUGAAGGACAGUGGGCCUCUGUUCAACACCGACUAUGACAUCCUUAAAAGCAACUUGCAGAACUGCAGCAAGUACAGUGCCAUACAGUGUGCCGCUGCAGUCCUCAGAGCUCCUGCUGAGUCUUCACCUUCUGAACAAUUUGAACAGUCAGAUCAGGUGUCAAGUGAGACACAAGCCACCAAUGGUCAUGGCCCACCUCCUGCCAAACACGCUUCCCAGCAGCCCAAAGGAAUUAUGGGAAUGUUUGCUGCCAAAGCUGCUUCUAAAAGCCAAGAUAUAAACAAGGAAACCAAAACAGAGGCUAAAGAGGUAACCAGUGCAUCUUCAACAGCCAACAAGGCCCCAGGGAAGUUGAAUGUGAUGAGCAACUUUUUUGGAAAAGCUGCCAUGAGUAAACUUAAAGUCAAUUUGGAUUCAGAACAAGCAGUGAAAGAAGAGAAAAUAGCGGACCCACCUCCAGAGUCUGUCCCUGAACCAAAGCUGGCAGCCCCUGCAGGCCUGAAGAAACCCGGCAAAAAGGCAGAGCCUGUUAAGAUGCUGCAGAAGGAAAAAAAAAGGGGGAAGCGAAUGGAGUUAUCUGAUGAUGAGAAGAAGGAAGCUGAAAACAUGAAGAAAAAGAGGAGAAGAAUCAAACUUCCUGAGACGGACAGCAGUGAAGAUGAAGUCAUCCCAGACUCUCCUCGGCCUUAUGAAGCUGAGUCACCAUCCCCACCUCCAGCGUCUCCACCUCCGGAACCAGUGCGGAAGGCUGAGCCAGAGGCUCCUGCCAUUAAGAGCUCAAGUGGAGAAAACAGAAGAAAACGAAGGCGGGUGCUGAAAUCUAAAACCUUUGUGGACGAGGAAGGCUGCAUAGUGACUGAGAAAGUCUACGAGAGUGAAUCCUGCACAGACAGUGAAGAGGAGCUGAAGACAAAGACCGGCCCUGUGCACAGGCCCCUCGCCCUGGCUGUGAAGAAAGAGCCUAAAGAGGAACGAAAAGGACCCAAGAAAGGGACUGGGGCUCUGGGCAAAGCCAACAGACAAGCGCCCAUCACCGGCUUCUUCCAGAAGAAGUGAGCUGCCACCUCUGAGCGCUGGCGCUCGCUUACUGUGUAAGUUCAUUCAGCGCCGCACCUCGCCCAGGGCAGGACUGUUCUUUCCUCCCAGGAGGUUCCGCUUGCUUCUGGUUGGUAGCCGAAAGGAAGCCCUCUGGAAGCGAGAGGCAGAGAAUAUUUAAAAACUAUGUCCCUUCUGGUGACAUUUUCAAGCACAGUCAUUCACCUGUCCAGGAGAACUUCUGAACAUGAAUCGGAGCAGGUUUCAUAAAGGUCCCUGAAGCCGUGGUGACAGAUGCACUGGCCUCGCUCACCCUGUUGUGUCCUGGUGCACUUGUGGCUCAGGAAAUGGUCCUUGUUGCUGUGUAUUCUGGGACGUGUAUGCAUCUGUUACCCCCGAGUUUCCCCGAUGUGUUGACUACUCCCCGCCACACCAGCUGACGCUCUUCACUUUGAAGUAUUCCCAGUCCUGCUUCCACUAAAGGCAGAGACAGCAGCCUCCCUGGAGAGUGCUCGGCCCUGACUGCAGACCAGCACACCCCUGUGGCUAGGGAGAGCCUCAGGCCAAGCACAGGUAGAAAUGGACCGAGGCAUUCAGCUCCCCAGAAACCGUUCGAUGGUGCCGAGACGCAUCCUGAUGUUGGCCAAGGCGUGCUCUGCCCUUUGGUUUUUCUGUCCUCUCCUCUCCUCUCCCUUGCUCUGGACAAUGAAAUAAAGGUGAAAAAGAG